UUUUCUGAAGGCCCAUGGAAGAACGUGGAUGAGGGCUGAGCUGUAGUGCGGGCUAAAGGCUCCGGGGCCUGCCUGUUGGCUGGUUGAUUGGUCCAUUUAGGUGAGGCACCACUCUCAAAAGGGGCAUAGAACUGACCGAGAAAAGGUCUUUGCUCCCCUUCCUCGCUCACUCCUGCCCCCUUUCCACCCUCACCCCCAACCCUAGUCACGUACGCUCUGGACCAUGUCUAGCGGGCUGUCGGAGGGGGGCCGGACAGAGGACCAGGAGCGGAGCAACAGCAAACAAGACUCUCCUGUUAUAGAGCGCAGGAACCGCUGUGGCAUCAUCAGUGAGCCCCUCAGUAAGAGCCUUAAGAAGUCCCGUACCCUCUCCCAGUACACAGCAGUCUCAUCUGCCACCAGCUAUGGACACAAGGACAAUAGUGAGACUAAGCGCCACUCGGCAAAGCCUCAACCGCCUCCGCAGCCGCAGCCCACUGUCUCUGCUCUGAUGGCAGCCAAGUUGGACCGAACCCUGGAACAGGUGCUCGAGGGACAGAAUGGCCUGCUGCACUUUGCCCAGGCAGCAGCACUUUUGAAGCGGGCCGGUAUGGAGCACAUGCUCCUGCCUGGGGGCAUGGGUAUGGGAAUUGGCGGUGGAGAUUCAGGCUCGGGGGGUAGCGAUUUGGAGGGUACGUCUGUCACGGACGCCGUAGGUGGUCCUGUUGACUUCCCAUAUGGAAUUGGGGGUGGUUUCCCCUUCAACCCGGGGCUUUUCAUCAUGACGCCGGCUGGAGUGUUUCUGGCGGACAGCGCACUACACAUGGCCGGCCUGGCCGAGUACCCAGCGCAGAGCGAGCUGGCCUCUGCUAUCAACUCCGGUAAAAAGAAGCGAAAACGUUGCGGCAUGUGCCAACCUUGCCGACGGCGAAUUAACUGCGACCAAUGCAGCAGCUGCCGGAAUCGCAAAACAGGCCACCAGAUCUGCAAGUUUCGUAAAUGUGACGAACUGAAGAAGAAGCCCUCUGCUGCUCUGGAGGUGAUGCUUCCUACAGGAGCGGCGUUCAGGUGGUUCCAGUAGGACUCCUCCACUCCUACCCAAAGCUCUGCCAUCAAGUGCAAUGCCAACUCCUGGAUUGUCUCCGGAAACAGACACUGGCUAAUAAACAAAAACAAGCAACACAUAAAAUGAUAGAAAAAAACAACAAAAAAAACAAAGCAGAACAAAAAAAAGAAUCAAUCGGGGUAAUGGAUGCACCUGCUUAUUCCUUGAACCAAAAAUGAAGCGUAAAGAAAAGCAUAUGGCAACUUUCAUUCCCUUUUCUAUGUUUCCAUUUUGGUACCUUUUGUCCUUUUUCCAGCAGGUUUUUUUCUGCCGCUUAAACAUGGAACUGUCUCAUUGCCAGAAACAGAAAUGACGGACUGAGUGUGGACAAUCAACUAAUUUCUGUGUUUGGUGUUAAUGUUGUUCAUGUGUGGAAAGAUACAGUACUUGUGUAGAGAAUGUAAAUUUACAGCUAUAUUUCAAAACUAGUGGCUAAUGGCAAAACAUUAUCGUAAUUCUUCACCAUUAUGUUACUUAAACCCUUGUCUAUUUUAUAAUUCAUUUUGUUGAAGGGUCUAGUUUUCAGACGGAUCGAUGGGUAUCUUUUAAAGACAGAAAAAAGGGAGAAAAUUGAAUUUUACAAGUUAAACUAAAGUGAAAAAGUAAUGUUAUGUUAGGCUAGGGGUGUCCAAACUACGGCCUGGGGGCCAACUGCGGCCCGCUGUCCAUUUUGAAUGACCCUCAGAAAAUUCUUAAACUAUAAUGGAAUAUGGCCCACACCUGAAACUUGUGCUUUUCUUCGAUUGUACUUUUUAAUAUAUAUGUAUAGUAAACAGAUAAUACACAUUAGUAUUCCCACUUUUCAAAUAAAUUCAGUCAAUUACAUUGGAAAACAUUUUAUAUCACAUCUUAGUUGAUAAAAAAAAGCCCAAUACCUUAUUUGCAUAACAAGUUUGAAAUAUACCCUUCCUAUUUCCCCUUAUUAUAAGCAGUAUGAGGAUUCUGUUUUAAGGAAUGAGCUGCCAACAUUUUUUGUAACAACAUAAGUGAAAUAUGGGCUGUUUAUUUUCUUAAUGCAAAUUCAAGUAUCAAGAAUAAUUGAGCUAGAUUUGAUUGGAUUUGAUAACCUAUAACUUCACUUAUGAUGCAAUAUACCUCACCUCUAGUGAAUGGCCCAGCCCUUCGAAUAUAUUUCUGUACGUGGGCCUCAGUGAAAAAAGUUUGGACACCCCUGUGUUAGGCGGAUCUCCAGAGACUCUUCUGGGUUUGCCACUACUGUAAUCUCUUCAAUCAGCCCUCUUCUGCAACUCCAAACUUUUCCUUUAGUGAAACUGGCAGCCCAAUGUUACUCUGGCCCUACUGAGCAUGUGCCAAAACUGCUCAGGGCAAAAAAUGCUAAGAAACAGCACUUGCUCUGAGUCUACCCUACUGAACGCACUGAGACAAGAUUACAUUUCUUUUUACUUUGUUGGUUAUUUGUUAUAUUUCAUGAUUUUGUUAUGUUGCUGGGUAGCUACAGCUUUUAAAAAUAACCAAUCUUUGUAUUCGUUUAGAAAAUUGGACUGGUUUUGUGAAUAAAAAGGAAUGCAUGUAUUUGUGUCGAAAUUUACAAUU